AUGCCAGCUGAUGACCUUCUGGUGAGCAAUAAUGUCCACCCUGGGUGGCUCUCUUCUCUCUCUCUUCCUGUCUACUCAUCCUCUGGGGAAGAGGGACUGAUCUCUGAUCUGUCCUUAUUUGGGGCAAAUCGAUCAAAGCAGUGGCCCAAGAACCUUUUUGUUACAAAGGGGAUGUCGAUGGUUCAUCGAUCGGUAAGCCCAAUAAAUCCGGUGUCGAUGGAGUUCCUGGCAACAGAGAAGGGCGAGUAG